AUGGGUGAUUGGAGUUUCCUUGGAAAUAUUUUGGAAGAAGUUAAUGAGCAUUCCACUGUAAUAGGGAGAGUAUGGUUGACAGUGCUGUUUAUUUUUCGAAUCCUAAUUCUUGGCACGGCUGCCGAGUUUGUGUGGGGAGAUGAACAGUCAGAUUUUGUUUGCAACACCCAACAGCCAGGUUGCGAGAAUGUCUGCUACGAUGAAGCUUUUCCCAUCUCCCACAUAAGACUUUGGGUUCUCCAAAUCAUCUUCGUUUCCACGCCAUCCUUGGUCUACGUCGGCCACGCGGUUCAUCACGUAAGGAUGGAAGAAAAGAGAAAAGAGAGGGAAGAAGACUUGCAUCGACAACAAGAGAUGAACGCCGAGAGGCUGCCUUUAGCUGCGGAUGAGGGCACUAAAGAGACCUGCAAGACAAACAAGAAGUUCCGCCUGGAAGGCACGCUGCUGAGAACCUACAUCUGCCACAUCAUUUUCAAGACAAUUUUUGAAGUUGGUUUUGUGGUUGGUCAAUAUUUCCUCUACGGGUUCCGCAUCUUACCAUUGUAUCGCUGCGGUAGAUGGCCUUGCCCCAAUAUUGUUGAUUGCUUCGUCUCCAGGCCAACUGAGAAGACAGUUUUUGUCAUUUUCAUGCUAGCUGUAGCCUCGGUAUCUCUCUUCCUGAAUUUCAUAGAGAUAAGCCACCUGGGUUGGAAGAAGAUCAGAUUUGCUUUCAGAGAGCCAGCCCAACAGAAUGUAGACUAUCCAUCCCAGAAGCCAUUCCAUUCCAUCAGCGUGGCCUCUGUGCAGAAAGCCAAAGGUUACAAACUGCUGGAAGAAGACAAACCAGUGACCCAUUUCUUCCCGAUGACAGAGGUUGGAGUAGAUGUGAGCCCAGCACCUUUCAUCAGCUACCAAGAGAAGCCGAAGAGUGUUGCUCCGGUGGAAGACCUGGUUAAGGUCUACAACGAGACGCUGCUAUCCUACGAGCAACAAGAAGACCCUGAACCAGAACCACAAGCAGAACCAGAACCACAAGCAGAACCAGAACUGGUGCCAGAAUCAGAACCUGCCCCGUUGGCAGAACCAGAAGACGAGGGCGAAAAGGCAGAGGCUGAGCCACCGACAGGAACUAGCGAAAGCCUCGCCGACACAAGGCCAUUGAGCAGGUUAAGUAAAGCGAGUAGUAGGGCUCGGUCUGACGAUUUAACUGUAUGAGAUAGUAACAUCACAGAAAAUGUUGGAGACAUUUAAGUAUAGGAGCCUGUGUGUCAACACUAAAGGGGAAAGCUAAUAGCAGGCAUGGGGUAAUUUGGAAAGUCUUGAUAACAACUAUCAUUGACACUUUGCAAUACAUAUUCAGUGAAAUUUAAGAUGAAAAAAAAUCAAUGUUUCCCUGCUCCCUGCCUUAGUUUUUACA